AACUAGUCACAUCAAUUUAGUAUUCACAAAACACUCUAGUUAUGUGACAUGCUUUUAAAAACUACACCGAUAUUUAGUAGCUAUUCGGCUGUAUUUUUCUUAAAUAUGAUGACUAAUUCUUCAGUGUUGGCUAAUUUCCAUAUCGUGAAGCCCUAGUUUAUACACUCGGACCUUGUGCUGUAUUUUGAGAGCAGUAAUGUGAUGAAACUUUUGUUCAGAGAGGACAUAUACUGUCAUGGAGCUGAGAGCAGUCCAGUGUUUUACAUGCACUUCUUCAAAUCAGCAGAAAGCACAGAGACCAAUAUUGAAAACAAUCAUCUCCUAUCACUGAUGCAACCUCCCUGAAAUGAAAUCGGCUCUAAAUGUUCUCAUCUGAAGUUAGUGUUUUCUGUGUGGAGCUCAAAUCAACUUUUAUUCCAAAUCACAAACAUACAAUUAUUAAGACACAUACUGGCUUGCUUCUGUUGUGUCCCACAGCUGUGUUUGGUUUUAAAGUGAGGAUCUCAGUGAAGGACGGAGAGUUGAUCACUCUUAACUCUGGUCUUACUGAAAUACAGACAGAUGAUGACAUAGUGUGGACGUUUGGAAAUGACAGGUCUACCAUAGCUAUAAUCAACAGAGUGACCAAAAGGAUACUUGAUAAUCCUGAUAUGAGAUUCAGAGACAGACUGCAGCUGGAUCAUCAGACUGGAUCUCUGACCAUCACAGAAAGCAGAAUAUUAGACUCUGGACUUUAUGAAGUAAAAGUCCAGAGUCACCAACAGCAGCGAUUUAGAGAUUAAAUACAAUUCGAUGUUUCUGUCUACGAAAGGUUUGUUGAGACUGAUACAAAGAAGUCAGUGAUGGAGGGAGAUUCGGUCACUCUACACAAUGGUCGUACUUAUCUGAAUGAUGACUGGAUUCAGUGGUGGUUUAUAAAUAAAGACAAUUUAAUAGCUGAAAUCAAUAUACCAGAGAGCAGAUUCUCUGAGUAUGAUGAUGGGAGAUUCAGAGACAGACUGAAGCUGGAUUAUCGAACUGGAUCUCUGACCAUCACAAACAUCACAACUCAACACACUGGAGAAUAUGAACUAGAGUACAACACUUGGAGCAGGCCUUCUUUUUAUCUCAAUGUCUACACUCGUCUGCCUGUUCCUGUCAUCAGCGGUAACUCUUCAAACUGUUCAUCAUCUUCAUCUUCAUCAUCAUCAUAUUGUUCAUUGUUGUGUUCAGUGGUGAAUGUGGGUGAUGUGACUCUCUCCUGGUACAAAGGAAACAGUUUAUUGUCCAGCAUCAGUGUGUCUGAUCUCAGCAUUAGUCUCUCUCUACCUCUGGAGGUGGAAUAUCAGGAUAAAAACAGCUACAGCUGUGUGAUCAACAAUCCCAUCAGAAACCAGACCACACAUCUGGACAUCACUCAACUCUGUCACACAUGUUCAGAUUUGGUGAAGCUGUGAUCCGAUUGGUCCUCUUUGCUCUGGUGGGCGUGGCUACUGUCCUUGUUCGUGACAUCUGAUCCAGGACUGAAUAAGAUUAAGCACAUAUGAUGAUUUGAUUUCAUUGACAUUUAAAUAAUUGAAUCUCCAUUUAUUUAUAAUGACUUUAUAUAUUAAUCUCCUGGUAUCAAUGUUAAUUUCCACUCUAAAAGAGGAUUUCAAAAACGCUUGAUUGCUUGUUAAACCUGUUGUGAUCAGAUUUUUUCACAGCUAAUGUGGUGUGACGUUUGAUGCAUACUAUGCAUGAUUCUUUUGUGAUGUGAUGCCAGUUUAAUAUACCACAGAAUGCUAAUAACUGAACAUCAUCUCAGUCUGUGAAUGUUUCUUGUUUCAGCAGUGCAUCCGCCAAGCCAAAUGUCUCAGGUAAUCAAAUGCGAUUUUUUCAAAACGAACAAUUACAUUUACAGUUUACUUAAUGUUUUCAUUCAUUUACACUCAUACGUUUUGUUGUACAACACAAGUAAACAUUAUAAAUGUGAUUCACUGGUUUUUGAGUCAAAUGGACUUUGCAGUGGUUUUCCUCUUUGUUAUAUCUGUACAGUAACGUGGUUUGAUCUGUUAGGUGGAUAAACAGCUUCUGUUGCAUGUUUGUGUGUCUUAAUAGUUUGUGGGUGAAGCGGUUUUUCCCUUCUAGUACGAUAAACUAGUGCAUGUGCAUGCUUUCACUGCGUGAUUUAACCUAUUAUCAGUGCCAUUUAAAUCACCCUGAAAUGAUUUUGUCAUAUUAAAUAUGAUCUUUUAUAUUUA